UUUAUUUUCUUUUAUCUUAUAUAUGAUUGAUAGGGCAAGAUCAAGUAAACGUGUUCUUUAAGAUUCAAAUACUUCGACAUUUCCUCCCAAAUCGCUCAUCCUUGCAAUUCUUUUUCAGUUUGUAAGGUUUGUCGUCGUCCAAGGACCUCAUUCAAUAACAAUCACAACGAGGUUUAUGAAAUUUUCACCACAGUGUACUUCAUCAUGAAUCCUCAUCAUAAUUCCAAUCAAGAUCCAACAAUUGCUUCCAUACUUCAACAGGUUAACUCUCUCAUUUAUCAGCAAACGUACAAUGGUAGUGUUGUAGGAUUAUAUCCCAAUAAUAGGCCAAUUGAUGCUCCAUCUAGUUUCAUGAAUUUCUCUAAUCAGCCCAUUCCCUUGCAAAGCCCUACGGAUCAAUUCCCCAACGGUAUUGGUAGAUUCAAUCCCCAGCACAAUUGCAAUCCCUUUCCUCCAAACCAGUUUAAUUCUUCUCAACAACAAGGCCAGUUCUUUGCUAAUAACUCCAUGAAUCAUCCUGUAUACAACCAAAAUGUUGGUAGACCAUUGCAAUUACAAAACCCUAAUUAUGCCCAAUAUCCUCCUGGCAAUUUUCCCAUGUUCCAAAUCCAUAAUAAGAAUACAACGAGUCAUCAAAAUCCUGGAUUUCCUGCAAGUCAGCAAUUUGGCAUGUCUAAUUUCAGUAGAAGCUCCUUUGAACAUGGUAAUCAAGGACAACAGAGAUUUCAUUCACCAAUGAUGGAUGGCAAUUUGCCUAAUAUGGGUCAGCAGUUACAAGGGAACCAAUUUCAACCCAAUGCUUCUGUUUCAGUUCUAACACAGAAAUCACACAACUUCCAUGCUACUCCCAAUAAUUUACAGAACCACAUUUCUCAAGGUGUGGGACCCCAAAGUCACAAUUUCCCCAUGAAUGGCACUAUACAUCAUGGUAAUCAAGGACAACAGAGAUUUGUUUCACAGCAAGGGAGCUUAUAUUCACCCCAUGCUUCUACUUUAGUCCAAGCACAUAACCCUUCUCCUACAAUCACAAAUUUUAAGAGCAAUAUAUUCGCUUUAAAUUCAGAAUGCUAUGAACAGGACAAAAAAGGAACUUUGUCUCAACCCAAGAACUUCACAGGAAAUAAAAAGAAUCACACCUCACGUAAAGGAUAUAAAUCCCCGUUUCAGCAUGCAAAACAUGUCAAAAAUGGAAACAUGAAUAAAGAGGGUAAGAGCAAUGCUUCAGUAAAUUCACAUCCUCAAAAUUCCACCAAUUUCAAAAUAAAAAAAGUACGCUCUUUUAAUUACACGGAUGAAGAAAUUAAGCAGUGGCAUGAGGAUCGUAAGAAGAACUAUCCCACAAGUGUGAAAAAAUCCAAGGAAGAAAAGAUAUCCAUGUUACGUUGUAAGGAAUUGAAAAAAAUAUUGGUAAAGCAGGCCGAAUUGGGUUGUGGAGUUGCUGAUAUUCCAUCAUGUUAUUUAUCCGGUCUCUCUACUCCUCAUACUGAUGAUGCCAAUAGGAUGCCACCAGUCAUGCCAUAUGGAUGUAUUUUCACAAUUUCCAAUACUUGA